AUGUACGCCGCUAGACCAAUUGCCCGCUCUUCCCUUCCCAAAACUCUUCGCUCAGCGAGAGUUCCNCGCAACACCCAAGCUCGUUUCCAGUCCUCCUCCACUGGUUCAUCAACUGGCGGUAACUCUCAUGUCGUUACUGGUCUUGCCAGCGGUACUGCCGUCGCCGUUGUCGGUUACACUAUCUACGCCUUGAGCCCUGCUGGUCGCAUGUCCAGAAAGGUCAACAGCGCCGCCAAGGAUGCUGCUUCCUACUACAACGAUAUGAGCAAUAAGAUUCAAGCAAACACUCCCGAUGCCGACGAGGCCAUCAACUACGUCAAGGAGUUCGCAUAUUCUUACGUUGCCUGGAUUCCCGGUGGUCGCAAGUACAUCGACACUGCUUUCAAGGACCUCGACACUCUUCGUGAGAACCACAAGGAUGAUGUUGACCAGAUCAUCAAGGAGACCUACGGCGAGUUCCAAGAAGUUUCCAAGACUGGCUUGAGCCGCGAGAGCUUGAACAAGGCUAUGGAGGCUCUUGGCAGACUUUCUCAGAAGAUUGGUGCCCUGGCAGCUGAUGCCGCCCAAGAUCUCAUGGACAACCACCCUCAACUCAAGGAGUCGGUCGGCCCUAGAAUCGAGCAGCUCAAGUCUAUGGGUGACCAGUACGGUCCUGAGGUCAAGCAAGAGGUUGACAGAACUUGGGAUCAGGUCAAGGAGAUCAUGGCUGGUGGCAUCAGCGCUACCAACGUCAACAAGGCCCGCAAGAUCGUCGAGGAGAAGGUUGAGCAGGUCAAGAAGCUUGGUGACCAAGCCUGGCAGAAGGGCCUCGAGCAGGCUAAGCCCUACCUUGACAAGAACCCCAAGGUCAAGGAGCUCAUCGAGAACAACGCCGACGCUCUCAAGCAAGGCAACGCCAAGGAGCUGUUCGAGAAGGUCAAGAGCAGCAUCGACUCCGGCAGCACUGGUGAUCUUGAGGGCUACGUCAACUCCGCCGUCGAGAAGGCCAAGUCCAAGAGCUCUCAGAUGAGCUCCCAGUGGGGCUUCGGUGGUAUGGACCAGUACCUCAAGAUGAUCCCCAAUGGUGGCGAGAUCUUGCCCAAGCUCCAACAACUCAAGGAGGUCGCUGAGAAGCACAGAGACGAGGGCGAGAAGCUGUUGAAGGAGACCAUGGACGAGCUGAAGAAGGUCCUCGAGAAGCAGUCCAACAAGGCUCAAGAUAUCGUCGACAAGGCCAAGAAGGAUGCCAAGUAA